CACUUCUCUAAGUUCCAGAUUCUCUUACCUGGGUUUUCUUGAACUCAAAAGAUGGAAACAGCUGAAGACUUGAACUGCAUAUACAGAAACCCAAAUGAACCCAUUGAAGCUCGAGUGAAGGACCUCCUUUCUCGCAUGACUUUGAAAGAGAAAGUGGGCCAGAUGACCCAGAUAGAGCGGCGGGUCGCCACCCCUUCUGCCAUUAAAGACUUCCACAUCGGGAGUGUAUUGAGUGCUGGAGGGAGUGGGCCGUUUGAGAAUGCUGUGUCAGCGGACUGGGCCGAUAUGGUGGACGGGUUUCAGAGGUCCGCAAUGGAAACCCGGCUACGGAUUCCGAUGGUGUAUGGGAUUGAUGCGGUUCAUGGGAACAACAAUGUGUAUGGUGCCACCAUUUUUCCUCACAAUGUUGGUCUUGGGGCUACCAGAGAUGCGGAUCUGGCUGAGAGGAUUGGUGUGGCAACUGCUCUUGAAGUCAGGGCGAGCGGCAUUCAGUACACUUUUGCUCCCUGUGUGGCUGUAUGCAGAGAUCCCAGAUGGGGAAGAUGCUAUGAGAGUUACAGUGAAGACACUGAAAUUGUACGAAAAAUGACAUCCAUUAUAUCAGGCUUGCAGGGGAAGCCACCCCAAGGACACGAAAAUGGCUACCCUUUUGUAAUGGGAAGAAACAGCACAAUUGCAUGUGCUAAGCAUUUUGUUGGGGAUGGGGGUACGCAUAAAGGUCUGAAUGAGGGGAAUACCAUAUCGUCUUAUGAUGACUUGGAGAGGAUUCAUAUGGCACCAUAUCUGGACUGUAUCUCUCAAGGAGUUUCAACUGUCAUGGCAUCUUUUUCCAGCUGGAAUGGAAGUAAACUACAUGCUGAUCGUUUUCUCCUCACAGAAGUGCUGAAAAAUAAGCUAGGUUUUAAGGGUUUUGUGAUCUCUGACUGGGCAGCACUUGACAAAAUUUGCGAUCCUCCAGGGUCAAACAAUCGCUUCUGCAUUUUGUCUGGCAUUAAUGCCGGAAUUGACAUGGUUAUGGUGCCAUUUAAAUUUCAACAAUUUGUGGAGGAUUUAGUCUAUCUAGUCAAACAUGGGGAGAUACCAAUGUCCAGAAUAGAUGAUGCUGUUGAAAGAAUACUGAGAGUCAAGUUUGCUGCUGGUCUUUUCGAGUAUCCCUUUGCAGAUAGGUCUUUGCUUGACAUAGUUGGUUGCAAGCCGCAUAGAGAUUUAGCACGCGAAGCUGUCCGCAAGUCCUUGGUUCUAUUGAAGAAUGGAAAGGACCCAAAGAAACCUUUUCUUCCACUAGACAGGAAAGCUAAAAGAAUUCUUGUUUCUGGAACACAUGCUGAUGAUCUUGGAUAUCAGUGCGGAGGAUGGACAGCUACUUGGGAUGGGAAAAGUGGCAGAAUUACAGUUGGCACAACCAUCUUGGAAGCUAUCAAGAAGGCAGUUGGAGAAGAAACAGAAAUAAUUUAUGAACCACAUCCAUCAACAGACACCUUAGCACGUCAAGACAUCUCUUUUGCAAUUGUAGCUGUUGGUGAAGAUCCAUAUGCAGAAUUCACUGGUGACAGAGCUGACCUUGUGAUUCCUUUUAAUGGACCUGAUAUCAUAAGCUCAGUUGCGGACAGAAUCCCCACAUUGGCGAUUCUGAUAUCUGGAAGACCCUUAACUUUAGAGCCAAGUCUCCUCAAAAAGAUGGAUGCUUUCAUUGCUGCUUGGUUGCCUGGUAGUGAAGGAGAGGGAAUUACAGAUGUUAUCUUUGGAGAUUAUGACUUUGAGGGCAAGCUACCGGUGACAUGGUUUAGAAGUAUUAAACAGCUGCCCUUAAAUUUUGGGAGCAACUCCUAUGACCCGUUGUAUCCUCUCGGCUUUGGAUUGACAUACAACAAGGAUAAAGCUACACACAAGAUAGAUUUGAUGGCCGAGGCAUUGUCAAGUAAUAUUGAGUAAGCCAAGUUCAUUAAAUCUUUACAAGGCUAUUAAGCAGAACGGCUGUUCUUGAAUGAAUGCCUAUGUUGAUGUCAAAGGUGUCUGUGCUCAAUUUUCAUGUGUAUUAAUUGAAUAAAAAAUAAACCAAUUUGUACAUGAUCAUCUGUGUAUAUGUGAGAUGUUUGCUGAGAAUGUAUGUGAUCACCUCAAUGCACAAUAGUUAAGUUGUCAUAUUCUCUCAUGUUAGUAAAGUGAAACCAGGAAAAGGAUUU